AUGUCAUCCCCCGUGGAGGAACGGAAAACAUUCCUUCGAGAGUCCAAGGAUAAACGAAAAGACUCGGAUGUUUCCCCUACCUCCGAUGAUGGAACUUAUGUGACUGAACCUGAUGCCGAUCGUGAGAUUGGUCGUGAGAUUGGUGACGCUAUCGGUCGCGAAGGCGGUCUCAAGGUUGACACCAAUUAUCUCCCGGAAGAUGAUGAACAUGCGCCUAUGCGGACACCAUCUGCGCGUCGGGAGCAGGCCACUCGUCUCGAGGACGAUUUGAUGCUCCUACAAGCCGAGCGCAUGACCUCAAGUUCAACACAUGAACCGGACGAAGAACACUCUAUUAAACGCGCCCGCUCGCGUCGCUCGGAGCAAGUCGACGAGUUCGAUGAGGCCACAAACCCUCUGCAUGAAAAGGCUGCAAUUUACAAGCCUCCCGAGAAGCCCAAUACUCAAAUCGCCGUCUUUGUUAAGAAGCUACACCAGUCCAGCUUCCUCGUGCGCUACGUCACUUACAUCUCCCCUGUGGUCCUUCUCCUUUUGAUUCCGUUGCUGGUCGGCGCUCUCGAAUUUCCAAAUGCUAGCGUUGGAGGUGUACAAUUGAUGUGGUUCUCAAUUUGGCUCGAGAUUGUCUGGUUGACUCUUUGGGCAGGACGACUUGUUGGCAAAUGUUUGCCUCCGAUUGUUGGUAUUUUGGCGAGUGUAUUCACGAAUAACGCAAAGAAAUGGCGCGACAUGGCCAAACAACUCGAGCUUCACGCGGCACUCUUUUUCUGGUGGCUCGGUGUCGAGAUUUCCUUUCUGCCUACUAUGAAGAAUCACCAUGUGGAUGGCGAUAAGACUACUAGAAGUUGGGAAAACACCCUCAACAAGAUUAUUAUUGUGAUCUUCGUGUGGACUAUUCUGAACUUCAUCGAAAAGAUUCUCAUCCAGCUUAUCGCCAUCAGUUUCCACCUGCGAACCUAUGCCGACCGUAUCGAAAUCAACAAAUUCCAGAUUGGCAGUUUGACCAAGUUGUAUGAGCACUCGCGCUCUAUGUUGACCGACAAGGACGAGGCCUUCGAAGAGAAAGACGACAAGGAAAAACCGACUGGAAUCAAGACACCAAUGCACUACGCGGGCAAGGCCCAGAAGAAAGCAAAAGGCGCGUUGAACAAGGUCGGAAACCGUGUUGGCGAUGUGGCCGGCGCGGUCGUAGCUGAUGUCACCGGUCGCACGGCUACUCGCAGCACAGAUGCCUACCAGGUCAUUCUGACACUUCUGCGCACUACUGGAGGCUGCCAAGUUCUGGCACGUCGUCUGUACCGUACUUUUGUGAGAGAUGGCUUUGACACCGUGUUUGGUGGUGAUCUGAAGGCUGCGUUCGAAGACAGCGAGGAAGCUGAAGCUGCCUUCACCAUGUUCGAUCGUGACAUGAAUGGUGACAUCUCCAUGGAAGAAUUGGAAGCUGUUUGUGUAGACAUUGGUCGCGAGCGCAAAUCCAUCACUGCCUCUUUGAAGGAUCUGGAUUCCGUUGUGUCGAAGCUGGAUGAUGUAUUCAUGUUCUUCGUUUUCGUGAUCGUGUUGAUCGUGUUCUUGUCGCUCAUCUCAACCUCGGCCGCCGGUGUACUCACAUCUGCUGGUUCUGCUAUUCUUGCCUUGUCUUGGUUGUUCUCUGCCACUGCCCAGGAGUUCCUCCAAUCGGUUAUCUUCGUUUUUGUCAAGCACCCCUUCGAUGUUGGUGAUCGUGUAACCAUCUAUGGCAACGCGGGUGAUGCCGGUCUUGGUGAUGAUUACUUCGUCAAGGAAAUCACUCUCUUAUACACCGAGUUCAAGAAGAUGCAGGGCCAUGUGGUACAGGCACCCAACAGCUAUCUCAACGGGCUCUUCAUUCUGAACCAGCGCCGGUCGGGCGCGCUCGCCGAGGCUGUGCCCAUCAUCAUCAAGUACGGUACGACCAUCGAGCAGCUUGAUGGCUUGCGCCAGCGACUAUUGGAGUUUGUGCGCAGCGAGAAGCGUGAUUUCCAGAGCAACAUCCUCACUGAAAUGCGUGCUGUCACCGAGAACUUCUCGCUCACACUCAACGUGGUCUUUUUCUAUAAAUCCAACUGGCAGAACGAGGGUCUUCGUCUCCAGCGUCGCAACAAAUUCAUAUGUAUGCUCAUGGUUGCCCUCCAGGAGAUUGGUAUCGAGGGCCCACGCAUGAACCUCCAGGGUGCCAAGUUCGAUAUCCCCUUCCACGUCAACUAUGGCAAUGAGCGCAACUCCCACAACAACCGGCAAGAACCGAUCGAAGCCGAAGAGGUCCCUAUGUCAGGUGGAUCCCGCCACCUUCCAGAAAACACCGGAACCAGCAACAGCAGCGCUGUUCGUCACCCAUCAAUUCUUCGCAAGGGUAUGAAUACCGCAACCGCACGUGCUCGUGGUCCGUCCAUCUCGCAGCGCAAGCACGUCGACUUUUCCUUGGGUAUGUCCAACAUGGCAUCCAACGAUAUCAUGGGAGAUGUGUUUGAAGAUCGCGGUGUUCGUAUCGAUGAUGUCGUCCGCACCGCCAACCGCGAUGCCGCUGAGCGCCGCAUCCAGGAAGAGACCGAAGAAGAAGAAGAAGAACGCCGGAGCCGUACCUCCUCUUCUCGCCAUCGCCGUCCUUCGAACUUGAGUGCUCCUACCAACCCAGAGGAAGGUCGCCGGUCGACCGACGCUCACAGCUUCCGCAGCGGCAAGUCAUCUCUUAGCCGGAAUCGUUUCUUCCACCACCGCAGUAGCAUCAGCCACGAGCGCGAUGACUUGAUGGAACAAGGUCGCUCUGAUGCGCCUACUGAAAUCCCUCCGGCGGCUUUCUCUAGCGCGAAGGAGCAUCCAAAUUGA